GAGUUGUUAUAAUUUCUGUGUAAACCCUAGUUUUAAUCCUUCUCAAGGAAACCAGAAAAGCAAAACAAUUAUUUUAUUUAAGUGAUAAAAUAUUGGUUAAAAAUGAGUUGGGAGUUGAAAGGUUGAAUAUUUUGAAGUGAAAGAUAAAUAAAUGGGUUUUGGAGGAAGGAAGAGAUCCUUGUGUUGUGGGUUGAGGUGAGAAGGGAAGGGAUGUGGAGUUCAACUUCAAGCACAGCAGCGAUUCCCUCCGACGAGGAACCUAGCGAAUCCUCCUCCUCGUCCUCCUUCUCCUCCUCUCUCUUCAAUUUCUCUUCUGGAAACCCGAGAAUCGAGGAGACCCGUGGCCUCAUGCAUCUCUUCCCAGACGACACUCCUUCUACUCUACCCGUUGGACGGAAGCCUCUCGUUUGCGUUGUCGGCGUCCCAAAUCACAUGACCUAUGCGGAUUUCUGCCAGUUCUGUGGUUCCUUCAUUCAGCACAUGCUAGAGAUGCGCAUAGUCAGGAUGGAUGGGAUGGAGGAUCAGUACAGUGUUUUAGUUCGCUUUGACGAUCAAGACUCCACCGACAGCUUCUACAAGCACUACAAUGGCCGCCGUUUCUCUUCUCUCGAGGUUGAGGUUUGCCGUGUUCUUUUCACAUUAGACGUGCAGUACACUGGCUCCAUUGAACAUGCACAACCCUCCAAUGCUACUUCAACUGAACUGCCUACUUGUCCUGUUUGCCUUGAGCGAUUAGAUCAGGACACCGGUGGAAUUCUUACAACUAUAUGCAACCAUUCUUUCCAUUGUUCCUGUAUUUCUAAAUGGGCAGAUUCUUCUUGUCCUGUAUGCCGCUAUUGCCAGCAGCAAGCUGAAAAAUCUAUAUGUUUUGUUUGUCAAACCACUGAGAACCUAUGGAUAUGUGUUAUAUGUGGGUAUGUUGGCUGUGGAAGAUACAAGGGAGGGCAUGCUAUAAUACACUGGAAAGAGACACAGCAUUGCUAUUCCCUAGAAGUGGAAACAAAACGAGUUUGGGAUUAUGUGGGAGACAACUAUGUUCAUAGACUUAUUCAGUCCAAAACUGAUGGGAAGUUGAUUGAGCUGAACACUCAGUGUGCGCAUGCAGACAAUGGAUGUGGAAGUUGCAGCUGUGAAGAUAAUGCCAUGAAUGAGGCUAUACUUAAUAGUAAAGUUGAAGCUAUUGUCAAUGAGUACAAUGAAUUGCUUGCUACUCAACUUGAAAACCAAAAAUUAUAUUUUGAAUCCUUAUUACAAGAAGUAAAAGAAGAAUCUGAGAGAAAAAUUUCCAAAGCUGUUCAGAAGGCUAUCAGUCUUAAACAGCAGAAGAUUCAGUCCAAGAUUGACAGAUGUAAGAAAGAGAAGAAAUUUCUGGAUGAUCUUAAUGAGAAUCUUGUGAAAAAUGAGGACAUUUGGAAAACUAAGAUACUUGCGAUUGAAGAGAGGGAGAAAAAAACCACGAGACUGAUGGAUGAUAGAGUAGCGGACCUGGAAAUGCAGCUUGGUGAUCUCAUGGUUUGUCUUGAGGGUGGGAGGACGGUAGAACAGCUGGCAGCUUCAGAUGAGAUUAAAGAAGGGAUUAUCGACAAAUCAAUAGAAUCCUCGACAACUAGUGGCUCUGACCUGGUGGGAAGAGACGCAUAACAGAAGAAUGGUUCCUUUUAAUGACAGAAGAAUGAUUCCUUUUAAUGGACUACAUUGCACGGACUGACCUAUACCAUGUUUAUAAUCACAGAUUUAUAGAAACUACACUCGUGGAUCCACAGUUGACAUGUUUUCACUCUAAUUUUUUCCCAUAUAAAACUCCCAGUGUAUGUAUCUGUUUCGAUUUGUAAAUAAAAAGAUUUCCAACUA